CUCUCCCUUCUCUCUUGCUUCUGCCUCUCUUCUUCGACGCUGCAUUUGUUUUGAUCGGAAGCCUUUGAGCUUCCGAGGUUUUGAUGCUUGAGCCGCUGGGCUCCCUAGCCGCUCAAGCAUGCUGGAGCCGGCUUGUGCUCCCUCCUCCAAUGACCCUUCGAGGUCUGUUGGUUUAUGUGUCCAAUUCCGGUGACCUCUUUUAGUUUUUUGUUUUCUGGUUGUUUUGUUUAGUUUUAUGUUCUUGUACAGUUUGUUUUUUCAGAUCCGGCGACCCUCGGCUCUUUCCUGUUGAUCUUGGUUGGGGUUCGUUGGUUUUUUCUUUUUUUGUUCUAUUUGGUGCAGAUCUGGCGGCCUUCUUUCUCCUCCGAUGGAUCUGAGGCGGUGCGCGCGAGGGCUACCAGAUCUGACGCCCACCGCGGCUCUCCUGUUGGUUCCGAGGGACUUCCGCCGCCAAAUCGGGUGACCGCCCGGCAUCCUAGAGCCUGGUGCUAUUUCUUCAAGGGUAGAUAGAAGGUGUCCCGUAUGGAUCGGUCGACCGAAGGCCAUGGUAUUUUCGGGGUCGUUCGUGGUUGUUCGAGUGCUGAGUGCACCUCCCUUCAACCUCUGGAUAUGGGUCUACUCUGAUCUUUUGUUCCAGUUGUUUUUACUAUUUGUUAUCUUUGUAGAUGCCGUAUGGCGGUAUUUGUAAUGAAUCCAUUCCAUUAUC